AUGGCACACCUCUCCUCGUCCGCGAUUUUCUCACCCUCGGUCGCGCGACAACAACUCGCAGCAGCCAAGGAUUGGAACUAUAUCGACAGCUGGCUCACCACCAAGUUUAACGGGAGGCCACCGCCAUUUGAGCGCAACGGUGACACCUUGAAAGCGCUGCUCGCACUCGCUGCCCACAAUGAGAGCGCAGACGAAGAACGCGAAUUACUUGCACGGGUCGAGGUCAAGGUGCUCCAGGAUCUCCAAGCAAAGAGAGAUGCGGAUCCCAAUGCCGAAAUCCUCGAUGCCAUUGAAAGAUCCUUGACGCGUGAAGGCAAAGCAAGUCUCGAAGCACUAUCUACUCUCAGCGUCUCACUCAACCAGUCGGUUGCUGAUAUCGAGAACCUUGGGCGAAGCAUGAUUGAUCUCCAAGUUACCUCCUACAAUCUCGAUCAAGACAGCGACCGGAUUUCGAUUCUCGAACAACAUCUAAACACUGAGCUUGACCGAAUCAAUACCCUUAUUAAGGAGCUCCAAAGUGAUGUCUACCAGUGUCCAUCCGACCUGGCAAAGCAGACCAUCGAUUAUCAACGCAAAACGAAGGCUCUGGCCGCCCAGUUACCAGAACUCAGGGAUCGGGUGGCUUCACUAUCUGCGAUAUCUGGCGCUCCGGGUGUUCGUAUAGAAGAUGUCAAGGCCGAGGAAGAUAAAUUCAAGGAUAUGAUGAGUGAUGUGAAGGCCCUUGAAGCACAAGUCAAGACUUAUCACGGGCUACCACAAGAUACGGAUUUGGCCCGACUUGAAUUGGAAAGUGUUAGGGUCGAAUUGCGAGACUUGACGAGGCAGAGAGACAGCAUGUUUGAGGGGCUUGUUGAGAGAGAAAGCCCAAAGAAGCCCAGGUCAUGA